CCUCCCUACAGCUACUCGGAACAAAAUGGCCGCGUAUGGUUACACAUCGAUGAUUUCGUUUAAAUUAUGUUAAUAAAUUUGUAAUUUCCUGAAUUUUGAUCCGCAGAAAUAAUGCGCGUCUGUAUCAAAAUUUAUGACAAUGUGUUAAUUGUACUCAUGUUCCAGUGUUUACCAAAAAUAUAAAUUCCUAAACUGGAUGGGGUGUUGCUAGCGUGCUCAGCUGUGUGAGGUCAUGCGAUAACUGUUGGUCUGACACUGACGCAUCUUAGCUAAUUGAUGCGUCUCCAUAUAAUGUUAAGCUGUUAAUGUGCUCGUGAAAUAGGACUGUUACCAGUAUGGGUGAAGUGCCUCCUGGCGACCAACCUAAUGCCAAUGAAGACUCAAUUCAAGUUGUGGCCAGAUUUCGGCCCUUGAAUGACUCCGAAGAAAGGGCCGGGUCAAAAUUUGUAGUUAGCUUUCCAAGUGGUAAAGGCCAAGAGGAGCAAUUUGUUUCUAUAGGGGGCAAGACGUGGCAGUUUGACCACAUCCUUAAGCCCAACAUCACACAAGAAAAUGUUUACAAUAAAGCAGCCAAGAAUAUAGUCAAAGAUGUGCUCAACGGGUAUAACGGUACCAUCUUCGCGUAUGGUCAGACAUCGUCAGGCAAGACUCAUACCAUGGAAGGAGUCAUGUCUGACCCAAACCUGCAUGGCAUCAUGCCACGUAUCAUCAAUGACAUCUUCCAGCACAUCUACAGCAUGGAAGAGAACCUUGAAUUCCAUAUCAAAGUCUCGUACUUUGAGAUAUAUAUGGAUAAAAUUAGAGACUUGCUAGAUGUGACGAAGGUGAACCUCGCGGUGCACGAGGACAAGAACCGCGUGACGUACGUGAAGGGCGCCACCGAGCGCUUCGUGUCCUCCCCCGAGGAGGUCUUUGAAGUCAUCGAGCUGGGCAAGAGCAAUCGCCACAUCGCUGUUACUAACAUGAACGAGCACAGUUCCAGGUCGCAUUCUGUCUUCCUGAUUCAAGUGAAGCAAGAGAAUAUGGAGACCCAGAAGAAGUUGCUAGGAAAAUUGUACAUGGUCGAUCUUGCUGGCAGUGAGAAGGUGAGCAAGACGGGCGCAGAAGGCACUGUGCUGGAUGAAGCUAAGAACAUCAACAAGUCGCUGUCGGCGCUGGGCAACGUGAUAUCUGCCCUGGCUGAUGGCAACAAAUCACACAUUCCCUACAGAGACUCAAAGUUAACACGCAUCUUGCAAGAGUCGUUGGGUGGCAAUGCGCGCACCACCAUCGUCAUCUGUUGCUCGCCCGCCUCUUAUAACGAGGCUGAGACAAAGUCAACGCUAGACUUUGGUAAGCGAGCCAAGACCAUCAAGAAUGUUGUGUCUGUCAACGAGGAGCUCACGGCCGAGGAGUGGAAGAGGAGGUACGAGAAGGAGAAGGAGAAAGUCGCCAAGCUUAGGAUUCAGAUCGAGAAGAUGGAGUUUGAGCUAAACAAGUGGAGGGCGGGCGAUAAGGUCAGCUCUGAAGACCAGGUGCAGCUUGAAAUGGAUGCCUCCACCAGCUCCUCUAUGCUCAACGCGUCGGUGACGGCGCCGCUGCUGACGACGUCUAUCCUGGAGGGGGACGCCAUGGAGUGGGCGAGGGAGCGUGAGCGCAUCUACCAUCAGCUCGACGAGAAGGACGACGAGAUCCAGCACCAGUCGCAGCUCGUCGAGAAGCUCAACGAGCAGAUGCUCGAGCAGGAGGAGUUGAUCGCAUCAACACGUCGCGACUACGAGACGCUACAGGCGGACAUGGCGCGGCAAGCGAAGGAGAACGAGAGCGCCAAGGAGGAGGUGAAGGAGGUGCUGCAGGCGCUCGAGGAGCUCGCCGUCAACUACGACCAGAAGACCGAGGAGGUCGACCGCCGCACCAAGCAGCAUGAGGCCACCCUCGACGAGCUCAACGCUAAGCAGGCGGCACUACAUGCCGCCACGUCGGAGCUGCAGAGCGUGAGAGAAGCACAAGAGCACCAGAAGAGGCGCAUCACUGAGAUGUUCGUCGCCAUGCUCAAGGAGCUCAAUGAGAUCGGCGCCAUCAUCGGUAGCAGCAACGACGCCCUCAAGCAACUGAGCGAGAACGAAGGCAAGGCAGAAGAAGAGUUCACGGUGACGCGGCUUUACAUCUCCAAGAUGAAGUCUGAGGUGAAGAACUUGGUGCAGAAGGUGGGUUCUCUCGACACCACCUCGGGAGACCUCCGUGAGCAGAUCAGCACGCAGGAGAAGGAGCUGCAGGAGUGUCGACUGCUGGUCUCCCAGCACGAAGCCAAAGUCAGGACCUUGAGCCAGAACAUCAAGGAUACCGAGACCAAGAAGCGUGCCCUUGAGGAGCAGGUUGAUUGCGUUCACCACAAGCAGGUGUGUUGUAAGCAGAUCCUGCAACACACCGAGCAGCACCACAAGCAGGUGUGUUGUAAGCAGAUCCUGCAACACACCGAGCAGCACCACAAGCAGCUGUCAGCGCUGCGCGAUGAGCUGACGGACAAGCAGACGCUGAUCUCAGAGCUGAAAGACGAGAACCAGCGCCUGACGGUGACUGCUGAACAAGUGCGAGCUGACUACGACAAGCUUAAGGCUGAGGUUGCUGACAAGAGUCAGAAGCUGAACGAGCUGGUGAGCGUUCAGGAGCGCAAGGAGCAGGCGCGGCAAGACCUCAAGGGGCUCGAGGAGACCGUCGCCAAGGAGCUGCAGACUCUGCACAACCUGCGCAAGCUCUUCGUGCAGGAUCUGCAGGCUAGAGUCAAGAAGUCGGGCACUGGCGAAGAAAGUGAUGAAGCGGGAGGGUCACUGGCGCAAAAGCAGAAGAUCCAGUUCCUGGAAAACAACCUGGAUCAGCUGACGAAGGUGCACAAGCAGCUGGUGCGCGACAACGCUGACCUCAGGUGCGAGCUGCCCAAGCUCGAGAAGCGCCUCAGGGCGACCAUGGAGCGCGUCAAGGCCUUGGAGACGGCGCUGAAGGAGGCGAAGGAGGGAGCCAUGAAGGACCGCAAGAGAUAUCAACAGGAGGUCGACCGCAUCAAGGAGGCCGUCAGACAGAAGAACCUGGCGCGACGCUCCCUCGCUGCUCAGAUAGCCAAGCCCAUCAGGGCAGGACAAGCACCCAUCCAAGCGGUCGCCAUGCCGAUGUCCUUGAGAGGAGGAGGUGGAGGUGCGGGUGUAUACCAGCCCCCCAGCCAGCGUAGGACUGGACCUCAGUAGUGACGUCACCACCACGUCCCUCUAAUACCAUAAGGACAAGUGAGGGGAGACGCCCCUACCGCCACGUGGGGGGCGACACCCCUACCACCACGAGGGAGGGAAGCCGCAUCAGGUCGUUCUUGUGGCCGCCUCUCCGUUGCGAUCGUCAGGGCUCCUGUUUCAUGGGAAGGGAAGAGGGCGGGAGGUAGAGUUUUCAUUCCGUCUGGUUGAUUUUUUCUCACAGUACGAGAAAGUUCUACCCGAAACGCAUGAAAUUUCUUUUGACGUGAAAUGACUUAUUCCUCCCACUCUUUUCUUCUCCCCGCCUUCCAAACCUUCAUCUUCGUCUCUUGGUCACACUUGGACUUAUAGGAAAAAACUUGUACUGUGAAUGCGUCUUAACUUUCCAUUUAAAUCGUCUGAACAUUCUUUCACGUAUGGUGAAACUCUUGCAUAACUUUUAGGACGAAUUUUAAUUUGACCUGUAAGUCCUGUAUUUCUGUUGCGUAGCAUGGAGUUUGAGCUUUACUAUUUCACGAAUGAAUUAUUCCAACGAUGUCGACAGUAAGGUUCGUUUGUUUUCAAGAGACUACAUGUGAGGUGAAAUUUCUUCGUUGUGAGCAGUGAAGAGUUUAUGCCCGGGAUCUUCUUAGCGAUCUCUCUUCUGGGUUACUAUGGCGAGGAAACAAAUUUUUCUUUUCGUAGACGUACAGAAAUAUCAUUUGUCAGAUACGGAGCUUCACUUCUAGCGAUCAUUUAUUUUCUUUAUGCACCUGACGCUGAGAGAGAUUUCGUGUGUUUUAUCUGUCUCUGCAUUAUUGUGCUCCACUACUCAUAACACUCGCUUGGGUCGCCUGGUAGAAAGAUGCUCACUUGUGGCGACACUUCGCGCCCUGUUAUAUAAGAUUUACUGUGCAAUUAUACAAGUCCAGGUCCUGAUUCUGGGAACUGUUGCGCUUAAAACUCAGAUGUGGAGCUGCCGGAUCAGGCAAUACUUGAUUUCAUGGAAAAUAACGUUUAGUAUUUAUUAAGCAUCUCGGCUGUGUUGUGUAGCUGUCAGUUUAGACUGUAUUUCAUUCCUCCGGGAAGUACGGGAAAGUUGAAUGAUGAAGUAUGAAAGCUGAAAUUUGUGCGGGAACGUUGAGUGAAACUGGGCGAGAAUUUUCUUUCAUUUAAAGGAUGCAAUGACGAGAGAAUAAUGUAAAAGCAAGCCAUGUAGUUGUUGGUAUUACUACUUCAUGAUGGACUAAAUUAAAGUAGAUAAUGUAUGCAUGGAAUGCAUUUAUAACUCGAGUUUGUUAAUUAAGCAAAGUAGACUUUGAGGCUGGAUUUUGGGAAAUACGUAAAAUUCGGAAUAGAAAUCAGUGCAAUGACAAACAAUGUCGAAAGCUGAAAUGUAAUAGUUUCGGGAUUACAUUCAUUAGCUAAAUAGGUAGGUUAGCAAGUCCUAAUAAUGCGUGUUAUUUGAUUUGGUGCUAGCCACGAAAACCUCGGGUAUCGUACGAAUAGCAUGGCUAUCAGAGCAUGCGAACUAGCUUGGCGGGCUGCUGGAAUAAGAGGAUCAUAGAGGCGGUAUAGCGAUGCCACUAGAGCGAUCCAUACCUAAGUAGCAGCAGCUGAAAUAAUGUGUAAAGCGUUGCAGUUAGUUUCAAUUAGUGAAAAAGGUAUGUAGGAUUAAAUUGUUGUAGGGAUGAAGAUUGCAAUAUCUUACGAGGAAGAAGGAAUGUUUAUUACGCAAAUAGAAACGUAUGAAGUUGGAACUAAGAAGGCAGAGGAAACGAGCCUUGGUAAGGGUGGAAAUGGUGUGGAGAGAAUUAACUAAAUUGUAAAAAUUGAACGGAAGUUUCACCAUAAGUACGAAAAGAAUAAUCAGAUUGGUAGAGAUAUAUAACCCGCUGUAAAUUGAAUUUGUUAGAAACGUAUUAUUUUGGGUGGUUAAGUAAAAUUAGGAUAGCAUAGGACUACUGACUUCGAGAGUUGGCCUGCAGCAUCACGUGUCUUGCUGACGACUUCUCGCCCGCAUAGCUCAUCCUCUGCUGUCCAGCGUCUGGAUCUAUCUUAGAUCCUGGAUCUUGAUCAAUUAUCAUUAACCUGCUUCUUGAUCUGGCGAUCGUUAUUUCUUACUGAAUACGACCAAAGACUAACCAGCUUUCUGAGCUGACGUCUCUGUCAGGGCUACUUUUUCAACAAGUAAUCUUCAGUGGAGCUGAACUUUGAACCUAACCAUCCGAGGUCUCAGUACCUACAAGACCAAACAUUCAAAUAAUUUUGGCAGUCGAUACGUGACGACGACAUCGUUAUUUCGUAAAGUCCUCUGUGUGUUUGAAGAUGAGUCGCCAUAUCCGGGCUUUUUAUACAUAGCAUGUCUUCAGUAUUGCAUUGCUUCACUAUUCCCAUAUUGCCUUAGACAAAUAUAAUCAAAGCUCGAAAUGCCAGCUGUGCAGUACUUAGCUGUGGGUGCAGUGCGCUGGAGUACAGCCGUGGACAUGGCCUCGUGUGGUACUUGUUUUGCACAGCACUGGAAAUGUGAGUUAUGAUGCUGCUGUGGGACGUGCUGAAAUGUAACUCCUCAAACUAUGCUCUUAAUGUUGUGAUGAGUUGGUAAGUUUCUAAGUAGGUAAAUUUUAGGAAUUUUAACAAUGUUUGGAUUCAGUAUGUUAUGAUUAUGAAGCGAUACAUGCUAUACUCGCACGGUCGAGGUUCCUGUAGCAUAGAACAUCGCCGUGGCUUGCUGACGCCUCAGCCAUGUAAUGCGGCGCGCGGUCUUCUUUAGAGCUACGGGGGUUUCACAGUUCGGUGGUUCAUAUUAUUACAGAACUGGAAAUUAGCUAAUAUUUUCUCAUUUUCCCACUAAGUAACUUUUAAUUUUCUUAACGGGCAAUCUAUUUAGCGACUUCCUUCAUGCAAGACCAAAACAGAUCUUGUUUGGCCAAAUUACUUUCCUAAUUAGGUUGUAUAUUUUAAGUGUAGUAUUUUUUGGCAGUCGACGACCGAGUGUUGCAACUCACUCUUCCAUAAACAAGCGUGUCAAGUAUUCACUAGAAUGGGGGUUUGUUGAGAUUAAAUGUAGCAAAUAUAAAUGAAAGGAAUUAUGUGCGUCGGUCAUCACGGUUUUAUUGUUAGUAGGGCGGCACACACAAAACGCUUUUGUGCCUCAAUGCUAAGCGAGGCAACAACAAACUUCUAAUUAAUGGUUUUCAGGAGCCACUUUUUAUUGCUUUAAUAGUUCUGCGUGCCUCCGACGAUGUUAGUCUUUCACUUCCAUUAGAUGACUUCAUGUGUGAGAGUGCUGUGUGAUGUGCACCUCAUCGUUUGAGAGGCUGCGUUGCAUGAUGUGCACCUCAGCGUUUGAGGGGCUGCGUUGCACGAUGUGCACCUCAGCGUUUGAGGGGCUGCGUUGCACGAUGUGCACCUCAGCGUUUGAGGGGCUGCGUUGCACGAUGUGCACCUCAUUAUUGUGAUGCUGAGAUUGAUGAAAUGAUUCGUGAACUACCGCAGCUUCACGAUUUCUCUGACACUUUGAUGUGAUGUAACCUUUAUAACUUUUUAUUUGGAAGUUUUGUAUUGUUCGUAGUGGAAGUUUGUUGACAUAUUUUCUAUAUUAUCAUUAUUUCUAUUAUUUUUUCUUUCUAUAGUUGUAACAGUUUUCAAAUCAGGUUUCCUGUGUACUUAGUUGACAUCGUAUCUUGUCUUCUCUGUUAUUCAGCUUACUAAAGUAAACACGCAGGCCGAUGGCAUCAAUGGCAUGGGCCUUGUAUGACAUGGGCCACAUGAGGCAUGGGCCACACUUGGCAUGUGGCGCAAAUGUCAUGGGUCAUACAUAUAUAACCCCCAGUCACACUCACUGAGUCGCCCUCUUACAGACGCUAUUUAUUUUUCGUGCAUAUUUAUUUCGUUCGUCGUAGUAUACCAUUUACUGCCUAUGCCGGCAAGUUCGUCUCCUUAUUGUAAUGUUAUUCUUACCUGGAAUAAGAUACAAGUUGGGCAGGGACGGGUCGAGGACUAUAGAUCUGAGUUUCUCCUAUUCUAGCUUUACUUGUAUACCGAAAUUAUUUCAACGCUGCUUUAAGUUAUCGAUUUAAUCUUGUGGUGAUGAUUUUGUGGUGCUGCGUCAAUGUCGGAUGGUGAUGAACUGGUGAGGCUAAUGUUCUCCAUUCCCAAUAAUAAACUCCAGUUAGAAACCAGAUCAUCCCAGUAACCUCUGCUCCCUUAUAUGCCUUGUCAGGUCGGUAGUCGAAGCUUGUUUUGACAUAUCCAUCAUAACAUGACUUCUCGCAUUUUAUUACGAAUAUUGUAUGUACUGUAUGGCUUGCCUUUGUAUUCUUUAGGCUUGGCGAUAUCUUGAUGAAACUAAUGAUUCUCUUCAUUCUGUAUCAUACUAAUGACAUAAUUCUGCAUGUCGCGAGUUCUCGGGUCAUCAUCGUUGGCCUGACGAACCUGAACGUGUAUGAGGCUCUCGUUUAAGCGUGGGGUUGGCUGGGACUAGUGACUCCGUAUUUUGUCUCAAGCUUGAUCGCGGAGGGAGGGAAGGAAGGUUGCUGCUGUAUGAUUGCGCGAUUACUGCAGGAUUGUUUCUUUAAAGCAUUUGUAGCUUAACCUAGGAUUGACCCGCCUGGGUAUGCGGUCUUGUGCGCCUAUAAGACCUCAAUUUGCCCCUAUAUAGUUGAAAUAGCUCUGAAUGUACGUACUUUUUUUGACUUGCCUGCGGUUCAUAAAGAUAUGAAGCUUUAUCUAAAGUCAUACUUAGGUUCGUGCUUCUGGUCGAUUCUUCAGCUGCCGAUUCAAGAGUGAAGCACUUUUCGUGAGAGGUCCUUAAAUCCAGCUCCAAUUUAGACAUUUUUAACGCAUUUGGCGUCUACAGAAAUUGCUUCAGGCAACGCUUUUUAGACAAAGCAAUCCGUAGUUCUUUUUACAUAAUGCCCAUCAUUUUAACUUGUAUCGGAGUAGUAUAUAAAGUAUCUUUUAAAUUUUAUUUUUGUCAUUUGAACUUCAAGCGAUUUACUGGGUCGCUCUGCCACGAAGCCACCACGUGCAGAAAGAUGUUUAGAUUGUCAACUUAACUGAAGCUUGUUGUUGCAGCAACAAGUGAUGUCAACACCGACAGACAGGCCAGGAGACUUAUUGAUUUAUACGGUAAAUUAGUGAACGCCGUUUGCAAGACUCAAAACCUUUAACUUAUUAUUUUCGACAUUUUGCUCCUAAGGAUUUCAUCUUGAGCGGAGGCAAAUGUGUAAUUUUCACUUUUACCGCUUAGUUUUCUUGUGUAGAGUACGUGAAAUGUACAUGUUUUUUAAUGUAUUUGUGCCCCGUAAACUUCACAUGAGGUAAUGUUUCUAGUGCACAAUAGGAUUUUCUUAUACCAAAGAUUGCCUUUGUCGAGCCGAAAUUAUUGCUGCCGCCUACCAACCAGCGAUCCUUGAAUCGGCUCACGCAAUGAUGUGCUGGCCUGCGGAAAUGAUUGUGCGGGCCUGUGCAAAUGAUUGUGCGGGCCUGUGCAGUAAUUGUGUCGGCCUACGCAAGUGAUUGUGCGGGCCUGUGUUAAUGAUUGUGCGGGCUUGUGCACAUGAUUGUGCUGGCCUGUGCAGUGUGCAGUGAUUGUGUCGGCCUACGCAAAUGAUCGUGCGGGCCUGCGCAAUGAUUGUGUCUUCAUACGCCGGGCUUCAUGUCGGUCCACACAAUGGUCAUCUGGACCGACAUGAAUCUCAAGCCCUGGAACGAUGCUUAAGUGUUCGCCGAGAAUUGUUCUACGGGGCAGUAGAUGGCUUGCUAUUUCAUUUACCAACUAACAGACGACUUAAAUGGUCGUGUUUCACAUUUCAAAUGAAUUGCUAGGAUUAUAAAAUAAUUGUUCAAGCCUUAAGGCGCAAGCAACUACGAUCAAUUCCCAAAAAUCACUGCACAAGAGGGCCAAGCAGUUUUCUUGUCCACGAUACCUGCCCUCAGGCAUUGCACUCUUCUCUAAUUGCCUCCACUGACGCGGUUAGCUUAGUGACUUGUUUCUCUUGAUGUAACUAAUGCAUGCUUCUACUGUCGGGGGCUGUGACUCAAUCCAUUACAAGCACUGGCAGAGCUGAGCCUAUCCAUUACAUUGACUCUAAUGGGACCUAAUUUAUGUACUCUAAUAGUGUGAUGACGAUCCAUUAUGUAUACAUUGUUUCGUUAUUAUCCCUGUUUGAGGUAACGAAAGUUGCGGCGCUAGUUCAUUCAGGUGAUAUUCUUCUAAUGUGGUUUGCACUUGGUGUAACUAUCAGGCGACGCUACCCAGAUGCUAAUGUGCAGGCAGCAUUAGCUAAGUUGUAGUACUGUAAUGACGUGCAGCUGCUAUCACCACGAAGACUGUAAUAGAGUGAGCCCAUUAGAUGGACCGCGGUAAUGGGCGGCAGUGUCCUGUGAUGGGUUACGACGUCAUCAUUGGUAUAUCUUUCUCGUGCACAUUUCAGGGGCUGUAUAAGCUGUAGAUCUCCGCCCUUCAUUUCUAUUUCGUUAGUUAGUUCGUUUGUUUGCAUAUGAAGAAUGAUGACUUGAAGCUCUGGUUGAAAUGCAUAAGAUUUGUAAGAUGUAAACUCGUGAACAAAACUC